CUCCCAAGCGCGUUCUCCACCAAGACAAUAGUGACAAGGCUCUCUUAUCGUCCCCCAUACCCCUGUAGAGCACUGUAAGCGUAAGCUGUAUUUCUCUUUAAAUGCAUAUUGCAAUUUAUAUUACGAAUCUUCCCUUAAUUAAGACUGUCCUGGCUCUGCCACACCCCAUGCGGCCCCCUGCAAGAUGAUCGUGGUGUUGACAAGCCUGCAGCGCAAGACACAGCUAGGGCUUUCCACCGGGGGUCUCCAUCCCGCAACACGCGAAUGGCUACGAUUCCACCCACCCGUCACGGCCUGGGAACUUAGGUACCUAGGUACCUAACGAGAUGCAUGCCAGCCGUGAUACAUCUCAUGCACGGCAGGACUAGUAUUACGUCUGUGGUCGGAAUGCAUGUACGCAGCGACUUAUAAGUCCAUCCUCAGGCCGAGGGGUGAGCUAAGGGAAUCAGUGCCUCUUAUAAAGCCAUCUAACAAAAAAAAGGUGUACAGGAUCAACCUUGGCUGUUUUCGAGAGCGAUCCACUGUAAUGGCGGCACCAGACGAACAUUCGCCUCUUCUAGAACCUCGGGGUUCAGCUCGGGCUCGAGCUAUUGGACCCUACCUCUUUUACAUCUCGAUCCUUGCCCUGUGCUUCCUCACCAACGUAAUCCCAAUACUUAUGGAAACCUUACCCGCCUUCUCUGACGGGACGAUCGCUUUCUAUCUUCAGUCGGGUAUAUUCAAUGACUGGCUACAUGCGAUUCUUGGGCCUUUCGUGCCGCCAGCUCUGGAAAGCUGCGUAUCUGUUCUGCUACGAUGCGAUCUUGACCCGAGAGACAAGAAGACCAGCAGAAAAUCCAAAUCACUAGAUGCAUUUAUGAAAUCUGCGAUGAAGCUACCGACGGCCCUCUUCACGAUCUAUAGGGUAUUUGGAAACCCUUGGAUGUUCCUCGUGGUGUUGGCAUUUCAGACCGUGGCUACUAUUCUCUCCUCACAAAUCGCUAACGAGGCACAAGAUCGAAGAGCUGCGCGCGAGAAAGCUUUGGAAGGCGACAGGGUGGCGAAGGCGCUGGAAGCGCUGAGAGCAGUGGAAACACUAGACGUGCCGAAGACGCAGGAAACCUCGAAGGCACUGCACAUAGUACAGCAGCAUCUCGAGGCGGUACUGGCUUCGCCGAUUCGGAACGCGUCUUCUGACGCGCUUGGUGCGGCCAAGUCCGAGUUUACCGCCAGCCUCCAGUUGCGGGGGCGAAUUAUCUUCUCUCGGAAGCUGGUACUCUUCUUGGUCUUCGCGGCAUGCGCAUCGAGAGAGAUCACGCAGGCUACCCUCACCUCGCUUUCCCAUAGACUGCUCGCGUUAGACGACCUAUGCGACAAGAUAGCGGAGAAUAUACCGAACACCUUACGAAUCCUCAGCAUGAUGGCCGAGGGAUCGUCGCUGUGGAGUUGGAAGGGGAUUAGGAAUAUCCAUUCCAAUUUCUCCAAGGCCUGCGAAGCGAAUUGGAGAGUAGAUCCGAUGCCCAUGGGCGAGGUGCCUCGAAUCAAGAGGUCUAUGGAGCAAUUUGCGAACGCGAAGUUGGUCGUUUCGGCCGUCUUGUGUAGGUGGGUUGGACGCCAGGUGUAGGUAUCCCCGGAUGUUAGCAUUAUUGUCGAAACUAACAAGACAGCAGUAGACAUAGGCGUGAUUACGCCUUUCCAGACGAUGCUGUUACCAGUCCGUGAUGAUGGUGAUGACGAUGACGAUGACGAUGUUGAUAAUAAGAAUAGGGGGAAUCGUCGACAGCGGGGCAUUCUAGACUCGGCCAAUCAGCGCUUGGGUACUAACCCG